UUGACAGUUAACGUCAACUGUAACAUGUAACUUUUGUAAUUUUUACGCUAAAUUCCAAAGAAAAAUUAACAACGAUGACUGAAGCGCUCGAAGAUCUCAAUUACGAUUUUAACUACAACCUAUUCCUGGCGAAAACAAUGCUGACACUUCUUCAUAACGUGAGCGAUAGACAACGAGCUGUGAGAUGGAUGCGGAAAUUGGCGGUUUGUAAUCGAACUAUUGACGAAAUGAAAUUGAGAAAUGAUUUUAUGUAUUACUUAGUAAUGAACGUGCAAAAUGGGGAGUUAAGACCACCGUUUCUAGAUAACCCCCCUCCGGGGCCGCUUCCGCCAAUAGCUCAUAUGUUACCUGGAGGUGCAGAAGCUAUGUCUGGUCCUGAUGGAAAAUGGACCGACGCCAGUCAAUUAAACGAGCAGAAACCCUUGUUGUAUCAACAUUCACCAGACGGGGGGGCUUUCCUUGCCGCGCAACCAAUUCCGAGAUGCGGAGCUUUUUGUUAUUUGGCCGUUGUUAGUAGAUCACCAAAAUCACCGUAAAAAAUCUAAAACCGGAGAAAAUUCAAGACGUUAAAAAUGAAGAUGGGAUUUUAUUUUAUUAUGUAUUUAAGGCGUACUCGAGUGAUUAUUUAUUUUUUAUUAAUAACAUAAAUCUUUCGUUAAAUUAAAUCCACUGAUUUAAA